AUGGCCUUCGAUAUUAACAAACAGGCCAUCAGCGACUUCCUCCCUAUUCCGGACACUUUGGCGCCUGUGACGGAUCCGGACAGAAUGGAGACUGCUACCUCCCUGCAGCAGAAACCUACGGACAGCCAUGCUCUGGCCACCGCGGACCACGACGAGAAGGGAGCCGCCCAACAGGGCCAUUCUAGAGAGGGGAAGGAUCUUGGAUGGACUGAGGAUGUCGACAACAUUCCCAAUCCCCUCGUAGGCGGCAUGCCCAACGACGAGCUGUGGGUACUGGUCCGAAGGUUUAACAAGGUACGUGCCAUUUGCAUGUGAAAGCUUCCAUUCUGAAUUUGUGCAACCUGCCCGUACUAACGCUUCCCAGCAAAUGUACCAUGUCAAAGAAUACCCCUAUCCCUUACCAGGCAAGCUGGAUCUCAGCAUCGCCGACGAAGAAGAGUUCUCGCCUGACAAGCUUCGGGCAAACAUCGAGCGAUUGUACAUGACCGUCAUUAUCGGUCUGAUGGGAUUUGGCAAGCACAUCAUGCGACUACGAUCAUGGCGGGAAACCCGAAGGACUACCUACUUCUGCGUCGCCUACUUCGUUGCAUGCCUAUUUGACCUCCUUGCUCCUGCCUUCUUUGCUAUGAUCAUAGCUCUCAUUGUUUAUCCGCCCUGCAGAGAGAUGCUCUUCCCUCCAGCUCCGCUUGCUCUGGUCGACGCGAAGACAGGUGGCGUACAGAAGCCCAAAGCAGGUGUACUAGGAUCAACAGAUUCCGCAACUGGCGCUCCAGAAAAGCACAAAGGUGAAGCUGUUGAGCAGGAGGCUACCAACCUUGUCAACAGCAUCGCCACCGUGGCCUUGACGAGUGUUAGUGGGAAGCACCCUCAGAAUGAACCACCUCACGCCGAGCAAGGAGGACCUGGCGACUCAGUCCCCGAUCCAACUGCCAUGGCGGUCAAUGCCAGUCAGGCGCGAACCAAGGUAUCGGGAGGCAAAGUUGGAGCACAUGACAAGACCAAGGUGCCAAUGGAGACGGCCAUCUGGAACCAGAUGCGACCAGUUAUGCACACCAUCGCGGAUAUUUCAGACACUUGGGAACGCUUCGGCAACGCUCUGGAUCCCACACCUCCCUUCCCCCGCGAUCUGUAUCGACUUCGCAUAGCAGCUCUGAUCGUACCUGCGCUCGCCGUGUCGCUCGUUGUUACGUCCUACAUGCUUGUCAAAGGCAUCACCCUUGCUGUCGGCUUCGGCUUCUUCGGCGACCCGGUCAUUAUGCGCGGUCUCGAAUACCUGAACUCUCACUUCCCCAAGUGGCAAAAACUGCUCGAACUUCGAAACACUGUCCUCAAAGGGGUUCCAACCAACGCGCAGCUAACCGUUACUCUCCUCCGAAUUGGCGAAGCAAAUAAGGCACCUUUGCCACCUCCACCACAUCAUGGCGCGGCGCCUCCAGAGGACAAACCAGUUGAACUGACCGACGACCAUCUCAAAGCUGUCGGAGCGGAUAUACCUCUCAAUGCAACCGAGGAGGAAAUCCAAGCAGCGAUUCAGCCCGAUCCCAACGUCGCGCACGAAACCGCAGGCACGGACGUUGAUGCUUCCAAGAACAGCAAACACGGCAAACGCGGCUCGAAGAUUCUAGGCGCAUUCAAGGGAACCAUUAAAGGCACCGUGGACACUGUGCUCGGAGCCGAUCAUGUGAAAGCCAAGGCCGGAAGCGAAGCCUCCAAACAGCGCCUGGGCGUCGUUCCCUCCACGAAAGAAAACAAACUCUCGGGUCCUGUGGAUUUCAAAUGCCGAUUCCACGGAAAGAAGGGACAUGCAUACAUCACCAGCAAAGCCACUAUCCCUUGCGUGGGUUUCAGUCUUGAUAAGAAUGUAACAUCUAAGGAGACCGGAACUUUGAACGACGAGUUGCAUCCCGUAUGGACAGUGGCUGUAGCUGAUAUCAAGGAGUUGAAGAAGAUUGGAGGACUGGGGUGGAAGAGCAAAUUGGUUGUUGGGUGGGCCCUGGAUCGCGAAGUAGCGGAUGGAUUGGAAAUUAUCGACAAGCAGGGGAAUAGCUAUAUCAUCACGGCUAUGAUUCUGAGGGAAGAGCUUUUCAAUCGGCUAAUUGCUAUGGGAGGACAGAAGUGGGAGGCUUGGUAA